AUGCUUCUGUUUUUGGGCGAAGAAGGUUGGAGAGAGCUGGGAAUCGCUUCUGCCGUGGAGCGUGCUCGAAUUCUCAGUUUAGUCUCUUCGCUGAAUGCCACUUCGCCUUCGAAUCCUCAUGUGGCACCAGCGCCAGUGGUGCGUCCAGCUCUGCCAGUCCCCCGUUCUGCCAGCGCACUGGCGAGGUUUUCCCGGGUGGUGGCGAAGCUGGACGGGGUGGUUUGGUGUGAUCACAAGAAGGUUUGGUUCGAGCACCUCAUGAGUUCCGGAAAGCAACCAGAAGAAUACAAGGACAUUUUUUGCAUGCAGCUGGAUUCUUACAACCUCAUGACUUUGCUGCUCUUGUCUGGUGUUCUUCCUACAGCUACAGGCGUUUGUGCAGGCAUUGGUUGGGAUGCAGAUGGCUGGCCGUUGGACAAGUUAAAAUUUGCAUUUCUGAUGUUCAGCGCUGCCCUCAGCGGCAUGAUGAUUUGUCAUUUUGGCCUAUCGCAUGUUCUGCACUUACUAGUGUCUGGAGUCAGCAGCGCGAACUACCCGAUAUUUCUCAAAGCCUUUGGACAUCAGUUAUUAGCCGAGGCGAUGCACCAGAGGAGUUGA